UUAGUGUCUCAAUGGGUAUCGACUUCUGUGAUUCUACUCAGGCUGUCACUUUCCAGUUAUGCACAAAGGAGGAUCAUUUCAACGUUAGCAUCCAACCCCCUGUGGCAGAACUGCUUCUACCUGUCACUAUGUCAGAGAAGGACUUUAAGAAGGAGCAAGGGAUGCUGAUAGGAAUGAAUGAAGCAUCUGCUACAAUAGCUGUUGCUCCACAGAACUCCACCAGUCUUGUAAUAAUGGAGAGAGUAGUGAAGGCAGCAAACCUGGGGGUAGUCCCUUCUGGUCAAGAUAACAUGCACAGGUUUGCUGCUAAGACUGUGCACAGUGGGUCACUGAUGCUAGUCACAGUGGAGCUGAAGGAGAGCUCUACAGCGCAGCUCAUCAUAAACACUGAGAAAACGGUGAUUGGCUCCGUUCUGCUGCGGGAGCUGAAGCCUGUCCUGUCCCAGGGGUAACCUGCUUACAUCUGGACUUCAGAAUCUGGCACACAACAAAAGUGCCUGGCAUCCACUACUGCUGCCUUUCAUUUAUAAUAAUAGCCCUUCCAUCUGGCAGUGGGGGAAGAAUACACUCUUGACAUUCUUGUCUUCUGCUUUAGAAUGCUAGUGUGUAUCUAUCAUGUAUGCAAGUCCUUUCCUUUUUCUCUGCUUGCUAACCAAAGAACAUAUAUUUUACUGUCAGUUAUCUGCACUCUUUAAUUUAUUUCCCAUUUGUUUUAUCCUAGUACUUCCCUCUCCUCUCCCUUCCCCCACUCCUUUUCUUCCCCUUCCCCUUCAUUUUUUUCCUGUUGUAGUGGACAAAUACCACAUAAUAAAGUUUAAGGGAAAUUGCACUGCUGGUAGAGGGAGUUAAAAUGGCUGAGAAGUCCAGCAAUGUCUGCAAUGAGGUGAGCAGCUCAGAGAGUUUUUGUUGUAUUAAUGUAAAAAUUCACUAGGUACAGCAAAAUGGUAUUUGCUUUCUGAAAACGUGUGUAA